AUGGUACCACAUCCAAGAUUUGUCUUUAGUGAAUCUGAAUCAACUGCAUUAGAACAGUUUGAAGGUGGCCCUUGUGCGGUGAUUGCACCGGUGCAGGCAUUCCUUUUGAAGAGGCUUUUUACCAGCGAAAAGUCUACUUGGAGAGACUGUCCAGAAGAGGAGCAGAAGAACCUUCUUUGUCAUACAUUAUGUGAUAUUUUGGAAAUGGCUUGCUCUGAUAAUUCUGAGUCGUACUCUCUGGCAACAUGGAUAAGAGGAAAAACAACUGAAGAAACUGCUAGUAUUUCUGAAAGUCCUGCAGAAUCUAGUCGUCAAGAGGAACAACCUUCUGCCUUGGCUGUCGAAGAGCUUGGCUUUGAGCGAUUUCAUGCAUUAAUUCACAAACGGGCAUUCAGAAGCUUCCCUGAACUGAAGGAUGCAGUUUGGGAUCAAUAUUCAGUGUGGACGAACAGAUUUGGAGUAUUGCUCUUUCUGUAUUCUGUAAUACUGACAAAGGGUAUUGAAAACAUAAAAAAUGAAAUUGAAGAUGCAACUGAGCCAUUGAUAGAUCCUGUUUACGGUCAUGGAAGCCAAAGUUUGAUUAACCUGCUGUUGACGGGCCAUGCUGUUUCUAAUGUGUGGGAUGGAGACAGAGAAUGUUCAGGAAUGAAACUUCUUGGUAUACAUAAACAGGCAACAGUAGGCUUUUUGACAUUGAUGGAGUCUCUGAGAUAUUGUAAGGUUGGCUCCUAUUUGAAAUCUCCAAAAUUUCCCAUUUGGAUACUCGGCAGUGAAACACACCUCACGGUCUUUUUUGCCAAG